ACACGUUUGAAUUUUAAACUUGAUUGAUGAUAGCUUUCGUACAACGGCUACUGACAAAUAAAUAUAAUGUUGAAUUAAUUUGAGAAACUACUUAAACAAUCCUAUAAAACAACCUUCGUUAUACUUUAUGCCUACUGAUUAAUGUCAAAAUGAAAUCUACAAAUUCUAAACCACCUGCUGCAACACGAAAAUGUACAAACCGUCCGAAAUAUGAUAGCGUGCACAAGGAGUCUGUGAAAGUAUUUUGUCGUUUGAGACCAAUGGCUCAUCCGAAUGAUGUGUCCUGUAUGAGAAUUAUUUCGGACACAAACUUAAUUAUCACACCACCGGAAUCAGUGACGAAUAUUCGUAAUGCAAACAGAAUUAUUCAGACGUCUUUCAGUCAUGUUUUUAGCCCGAAUGCUUCUCAGAAAGAAGUGUUUGAUCUAGUUGCCUUGCCUCUUGUUGAGAAUUUAAUUAAUGGUAAAAACAGUUUACUCUUCACGUAUGGAAUAACUGGCAGUGGAAAGACUUAUACUAUGUCUGGAAAUCUGGACGAUGCGGGUAUCAUGCCUCGUAGUUUGGAUGUUAUCUUCAAUAGCAUAGCGCAUUGUCAAGCAAAAAAGUUUAUCUUUAAACCGGAUAAAUUGAAUGGAUUCGAUGUGCAAUCUGAAACCGAUGCAUUGUUAGACAGACAAAAUGAGCUUCAAAAGUAUCUGUUUGCUCAAAAUGGAAAAACUCCCAAACAGACUAAAUCUGACGAUGAAGCCAACAAUAAUGAAAAGGGUUUGACUCAAACCAGUGAAUCACAGACUCUGAUUGUUGAUGAGGAUAAUGCAUAUGCUGUGUUUGUAACAUACGUUGAAAUUUAUAAUAAUAGUGUAUACGAUUUAUUGGAAGAUAAUGAUGGGAAAGCAAAGACUGUACAGAGUAAAAUAAUUCGUGAGGAUGGGAACAGGAACAUGUAUAUUCAUGGAUGUACAGAGGUAGAAGUGAAGAGUUCAGAGGAAGCGUUUGAAGUAUUUCAAAGAGGUCAAUGUAAAAGGCAUAUCGCGUAUACUGUUCUCAAUGCUGAAUCCAGUAGAUCUCAUAGUGUUUUCACUAUAAGACUUGUACAGGCACCAUUAGAUAUGAACGGUGAACAAGUUGUACAAGAUAAAAGGAUUCUCUGCGUCAGUCAAUUAUCUUUAGUAGACUUGGCAGGAAGUGAACGUACAAAUCGUUCUAAGAACACUGGUCAACGCCUUAGGGAAGCAGGAAAUAUAAACAAUUCACUGAUGACAUUAAGAACAUGUUUGGAGAUACUUCGUGAAAAUCAGACCCAGGGUUCAAAUAAAAUAGUUCCUUAUCGAGACUCUAAAGUUACCCACCUUUUUAAGAAUUACUUUGAUGGUGAAGGCAUUGUUAGAAUGAUUGUUUGCGUUAAUCCAAGGGUUGAUGACUAUGAUGAAGCUAUACAAGUAAUGAAAUUCGCUGAAGUCAGUCAGGAAGUGCAAGUUACAAAUUCUGGAAUUUCUAAAUUAGAUCUAGGGUACACACCUGGCAGAAGGCAGGCUAAUAAAAUAUUUAAAGAGGCGAAAAAUCGUUUAGAAUCUGCUGGUAAUCCAGCUGCUGGUGAUUUGGAAGUUGAUUUAGGUUUAGUAUACAGUCUCGGAGGUCCAUUCCCGGAUACAGACUUAUCGAAUCCACACAAUGACGAAAUAAUUACCACGCUUAUGCGCUUCCUGGAAAUGCGUAUUCAGAAACGAAACAUCUUGCAAGAAGAUUUAAAACAGAAACAAACUAACUUUAGGAAUAUGUUAGUGAAAACGGAACGAGACAAUGUAUCGUUAAGAAUUGAGAACUCUACGUUGAAAACGUCAAAUGACCAGCAAAAGAAAAAAAUAUCCGCUUUGGAGGCUCAUAUUUGCAAAACGGAAUCCCAAAUCGAUACUCUACUGUACAGAUUAAAUAGUGCGAACGAUAUAAUCAGGCACAUGAAAGAAGAGCUGAAAAACAAAGAUAUGUUACUGAAUCAACGUGCAAUAGAUAAACAAAGAGUGAAGGAGAAAUAUAAUAGUAAGAUUCAAAUGGAGAACGAUAAGAUGAGUAAGGAACUGGAAAGUAAGCUACGCCGACAGCGUGAAAUUCUUCAGAGUCAAAUGAAAGAAAAGGACCAGAAGCUGAAGCUGAUGAAACGGAUACUAACAAACGAUGAUGACGCUGAGCAGAAAGCAGAAUCUACGGAAUCCAUUCCAGCGGCGACAUCGAGCGAUACUGACGUUCCUACGACAUCUAAACCUACCACUAGCCCCACAACAAUACCAGAGAUUACGUCUUCCAUAACAACGACACCUAAAACCAGUAUGAAGACACCAUCGACUGUUAAGUUUGAUGAUGCCAGUGAUCUUAUACUUCGUAGAACUGAAAGAAUUCCAGUCGUGAAUCUGCGAUAUAGACGGUCGCAGAGCGCAGAAAGAUGGGUGGACCAUCGACCUUCUGGCUUGGUUCCAGUUGGAACCAUUUUCCAACCACGUCUACGACAGAAACGAAGCGUAACGCAAUUAACAGACCCGAAGGACAUAACAGAAGGAGUGUCCAGGUAUUGCCUCGUUGCACAGGAGCAAGAUACUGACGGUGAACUUGAAACUAAAUUGUACAAAGGUGAUAUAUUACCAACUAGUGGAGGAGGUGCUCAAGUGGUAUUUAACGACAUGGAACACUUGAAACAAGUGUCGCCUGUUACAAGACGAAAACGCAGCAAUUAUUACAGUCCAGAAAAGAAAGAUUCCGCUUUGCAGAAGGAGAGCGGCGGUCUGGAGGAUCAUAACACGAAAAAACCUCGUGUUUAGAGUUCAUUUCUUUUUUUUUUAAUAUUCGGACGUGGUAUUACGUUUGAAAUCUUGAUGAAGACGUACCACAAAUAAGACUUAAUUACGUAGCAUAUGUAUAUGUAAAAACCAAAGUCGUGAAGGGAUGGAAUUCUCUUCUAUAUUUUUUUCUUUUAUGCAAUAACGAAAAGUACAAAUCAGUUAUAAGCGUGUAUAAAGUAGCGCUUAGUUAUAGUUCCGUUUAAUUUGAUAGCGAAAUAU